GCUGAGGGAGGGCAGGAGGCCGACCCUGGGCGGGCCGUCGCAGUGCCUCCGCCUCCUCAGCUCAGCUGGGCCGAGGCCCCUGGGUGAUUCGCAGGGGGGCAGCCUGGGCCGCGGAAGGGCACCCGGGGAAGAGGAGAACGCGAGGCCCUGAGGCGGGGGAGAAGUGACGAGCUGCCCUUCGUAGUCAGCCAGGAGCGAGUGCGCGGCCAUCCUCCCGCCCGGCCGGCCACCAUCACUCGUCCUCAGAGAUGUCGGCUGCGGGCGUCCGGGGCCUGAGGGCCACCUACCACCGGGUCCUCGAUAAAGUGGAGCUCAUGCUGCCUGAGAAACUGAGGCCGUUGUACAACCACCCGGCAGGUCCCAAAACGGUUUUUUUCUGGGCUCCAAUUAUGAAAUGGGGGUUGGUGUGUGCUGGAUUGGCUGACAUGGCCAGACCUGCAGAAAAACUAAGCACAGCUCAAUCUGCUGUUCUGAUGGCUACAGGGCUUAUUUGGUCAAGAUACUCACUUGUCAUUAUUCCAAAAAACUGGAGUCUCUUUGCUGUUAAUUUCUUCGUUGGGGCAGCAGGAGCCUCUCAGCUCUUCCGUAUUUGGAGAUAUAACCAAGAACUGCAAGCUAAGGCAAACAAAUAAGAGCUCUUGAUCCUUCGAGCAACUUCGAUAAGAAUAUAACCACUGGGACUUAGUCUGAUUAAUUAUUUGAUUAUUGGUAAGACGAUGCUCACUGCUCGCGACUAGACGGCAGAAAAGAAAUCUAAGUUAACUAGGAGCUAGCCCUUGAUUCAGCAGACAAAUAAAGCAAAUUUGUAAUAACAGUGUCUCUUUACACAUGAUUUAAGAAACUUAUCUAUGGAUAUUAGUAACAUUUUUUUCCUACUCUUUGCCUGUAAUAAAUCAUACUUGCUCAUACA